AUAUUUUAGGACAGAUAGUAGAUAGAUAAUAUUGCAUAUUGCAUAUGAGAAGGUCUCGAUGUUUGUAGGAGAAGGAGGAGGUGUAGAUUCUCCACCCACCUCUAGUAUCCAUCAACCACUUCUAUAUCUUCCUUUUUGCAAUAGUCAACACAUCCCCUUUGCAGUAUCCAGAUAAACAGUCAAGAACCAGAGCAUAGGGCUUAAUGACUGGGUGGCUGCAGCUCUAGAGGAGAUCACAACACAACAACAAACAUGCAAAGGGAAAAUGACAUUUUAAAUAAGCUUUAGGUUCCUUAUCCGGGGACCAGCAUGGAGGUUGUGAUUGGCUCCUAGAGUCACAUGGUGAAAGUAACUUUACGGGGUCGCCAGCUAGUAGGAGGGCUUUAUGGAGCAGAAAAACGACAAAGCGAGAAAAAUUAUUUUCCACUCCAGAAAUUAAUGAUCAUGAGUUCGUAUUUGAUGGACUCUAACUACAUCGAUCCGAAAUUUCCUCCAUGCGAGGAAUAUUCGCAAAAUAGCUAUAUCCCAGAACACAGUCCGGAAUAUUAUAGCCGGUCCAGAGACCCUGGAUUCCAGCAUCACCACCAGGAACUGUACCCUCCAAGAACAGCCUACACUGAGCGCCAGUACAGCUGUGCCAGCAUCCAGGGGACAGGCAACCCUGCCACACACACAAGGGUCCAUGGACAACCUCAAAGCAACCACCACCUUGUAGGCAAACCUCAGCUCUGUGAGCUUCCAACACCAUCUCUAUCCACCACCACCACCUCCACCACCACUCCUUCCCCUGCACCCCCAGCCUGCAACCAGCCUAAUCCUGAGCAUCCCACCAGCACAGCCACCAAACAGCCCAUAGUCUACCCCUGGAUGAAGAAAAUACACGUCAGUACUGUGAACCCCAAUUACACUGGAGGGGAGCCCAAGAGGUCCAGAACUGCUUACACCAGGCAGCAAGUAUUGGAACUGGAGAAAGAAUUUCAUUAUAACAGAUAUCUGACCAGGCGAAGGCGCAUUGAGAUAGCCCACUCCUUGUGUCUGUCGGAAAGGCAGAUCAAGAUCUGGUUUCAGAACAGGAGGAUGAAAUGGAAAAAAGACCACAGGUUACCUAACACAAAAGUCAGAUCCACCACCUCAUCCAACGCUUCCAAUAACAGCAUCAUUGCUUCCAGUUCUACUCCCAACGAGGAUCUAACGCAAAGCUCAACUCAGGAUCAGCGAGAGGAUAUUACAAGGUUAUAAACCCCCCCACCCCCAUCCCACAAAUGACUCAAUAUUUAUAGAAUCUAAUGAUAAUUAUAAUAUUAUUAAUAAUAUAUAUAUAUUUUGGUUCUUGUAGUUUUUAUUUCCUUGUGCGUUGGAAAAUUGAGAGCUCUUUUGGAUCUACAAAAUGGCUUUAAAUGCAUGUGACAGUGCAUGGGAUCAGGCUUUAUGUCCAGUGCUGUUUUAUGUUCCCUGUUUGCUUUGGACACUUUAUUUAUUUGGAAGGGAGAUGUUUUGUGAUUUCCUAAAAUAAAAAUCAUACAGGGUUACAGUUUUACCCUUUGCCUACGUGUUGACAAUGGUAGAACAAAGCCAAUCACCUUGGAGGUGGAACUGAUAUUUUUUGUUCUUUUGUUUAUUUUUUAUUUUUUGUAUGAACUAUCAUUAUGAUGUGAUGAGCUUAUUUAAGGGUCGCAGCACAUGAACUAAAAAUUGCCAUAAUGUGAAGCUAUCGACAAGAAAGUUUGGGAGUCCAUAGAUCCCUUUUGUUGUGUUACUGUGAUUUUUAUAUUUUAUUUUAUUUUUAUGUUGGUCGAGACAACAAUGUAAAAAAA